CAGGAGCUGAGGUUGUUGAUUGUUGAAGGCAGCCAGCAGGGCAAACACGCAGCGGCGGCGACAUCUGCAUCUGCAUCUCGCACCUCGAGUCGUCUCCCCUGCCCUGCCUUGCCUUGAUCCCGCCGCCGGGAGCCGGGAGCCAUGUCUCCCUCCGGCGAGCUGCUGGCCUCCAUCUCCUCUGCCCUCGCCGUCGCCUUCGUCCUCCUCGCCUGCGUCGAGCUCGGCGACGCCGCCGCCGCCGUCGGCGUCUACCGCCUCAUCCAGUACGACCUCGCCGGCGCCCCGCUCGGCUCCCGCGCCGCGGUCAUCAACCACCACGCCGCCGCGCUCCCGCUCCCCGCCGGCGCGGACCUCUCCCGCUCCGCCCUCGUCGCGCCGCUCCUCGACCUCCCGCUCUCCUUCCUCAGAGAGUACCUGGUGGAGAAAAAACAUCUGGGGGGAUUGCUCAUUCUGCUCCCGACAAACCGCGGCGGUGAUAAGGACAGUGCAGAUGACAAGGGGAAGGUCAAAGGUGUACUGACUGAGCUGGAGAAGUUGCUUGUGCAUGAACAAGUUCCAUAUCCAGUGUACUUUGCUUUGCACGACGACAGUUUUGAUAACCUGCUGGCAGAUAUCCAUAAAAUUGCCUCUUCAGGUCAACCAGCCUCUGCAACAACAGGAGGUUACAAACUUGUCGUGUCGUCAGCAGAGCCUAGAAAAGUGUCAUCUCCGACCAUUUCUAAUAUCCAGGGAUGGUUACCUGGAUUGAAAGGAGAGGGUGAUAGCGAACAGCUUCCGACUAUUGCCAUAGUUGCAAACUAUGACACCUUCGGUGCUGCACCUGCACUUUCUGUGGGAAGCGACAGCAAUGGAAGUGGAGUUGUGGCUCUUUUAGAGAUUGCAAGAUUAUUUUCGCGUUUGUAUUCAAAUCCUAAGACAAGGGGCAAGUACAAUAUUCUCUUUGGGUUAACAUCUGGUGGACCCUACAAUUACAAUGGAACUAGCAAAUGGCUUAGGAGUUUUGAUCAGCGUGUACGCGAGAGCAUUGACUACGCAAUCUGCUUGAACAGUGUUGGUUCCUGGAGCAGUGACCUCUGGAUGCAUGUAUCAAAGCCUCCAGAAAAUCCCUAUAUCAAGCAAAUCUUUGAAGAAUUUUCUGAUGUCUCUAAAGAAAUGGGUGUUUCAGUUGGAAUCAAGCACAAGAAGAUUAAUGUCUCAAAUCCUAGAGUAGCAUGGGAACACGAACAGUUCUCAAGGUUUAGAGUGACUGCACUUACUCUUUCAGAAAUGUCUACCCCUCCUGAAUUUUUGGAAAGCACUGGUGGUCUUCACGACACUAGAGAAUCUACAGAUGUUGAGUCAGUAACCCGAACUGUGAGAUUAGUUUCUGAGAGUCUUGCGAGACACAUCUACGGAUUGAAAGGAAGGAACAUCGACGUUUUUGCAGAGAAUAGCAGCUUAGCAAUUAAUCCUCACUAUAUCCGGUCCUGGUUGGAUCUUUUGUCACGGACACCACGUGUUGCACCUUUUCUGCAGAAAAAUGAUCCCUUCAUAUCAGCACUGAAAAAGGAACUGUCUGAACACACUACUGAUGUGCAUAUUCAAAGUGAUGCGCUUGAUGGCAUGUUCACUUUCUAUGAUGCAACGAAAGCAACUCUAAAUGUGUACCAGGUUGCAAGUGUGACCUUUGAUCUGCUGUUCCUUCUGGUGCUCGGUUCCUAUCUGAUCGUUCUCUUCUGUUUCCUAGUAAUCACUACACGGGGUGUUGAUGAUCUCAUUAACAUAUUCCGGCGGCCUCCAUCACGCAAGCUCAAGGGGGCGUAGGCUAUAGGUUAUGUUUUGUGUAUUAGCGCCAAGAGACGCGUGCCUAGUUAUUAGAAGAAGAGAUAGACAUGAGGAUGACAGGCAAGCUAGCUUCCCACAGCACAUAGACAUGUACUUUCAAAAUUUUACUGUUCCCCCGCACUCCGGCCAAUGUGAGUGGCUUCAAGUUCCAGAGCACAAAAAACAAUUUCUUCCUUUUUUGUGUGAGGAAUUGCGACUGUAAUUUAGCUGUAUGUUGGUUACAAUUUUGGCUUACUUAUUCGGGUGGACAGGUGGUUGUGUCUGAGAGACACAAACACGUACCACAGCUCUGAACUUUGGAUGCUGUGAAAUUGUUUCUUGUCUGAAACACUGAAGGCCUGCCGUGCCUGUGUCCAUGAAGUGCGCUGCUGUAGUUUUAAUUUGCAUUGUCUGGACCAGGCAUCUCUCUUAGGUGUUGGAUUUCCAGCGCCUGGGGCUGAGCUGCAUUGCCGGGAGCUUUUGGUUGAAUAGCUGUCUUUCUAGUUUUUGGCUUUUGGAAUAAACUUUUAGCUCCAAUAGUUGUAAAGCAAACGAUUGGUAAACCAAUAAGUUUUUCGAGUCUGUAGCAUAUUUGUUGGGGCUCUCUUACAGUUUGUAA